AUGCUCCAUAGCGCCAGUUCUUCCCUCCGAAUGCUCUACGACUUCACGGUGCAAGGCCGUUACACUGACCAGGACGAGCUGGGUGAAAUUCUGGGGUGGUACUUGCAGGCCCGUUUUGGCGAUGCGCACGCGACCUCUGCGUUAGCCAUUGUCGAAAGCACCAUCCAUAGCAGCAGAAAGGGAAGCUUGCAGGCUCUCCAUAAUACACACCAAUCGCAACAGCUGUUUGCCCGUCUAUUGGAUGCUGAUCAACACAUGACGGUGGCCUCGCGCAAACAGGCCGUCUACCAUCAUGUCCAUCACGUCAUGGGGCUCCCAGAGUCGGUACCCGUGCCAAUUGAGGCACUCGAGUACUGGCACAAGUACCGUGGCACGUCGCGCGGUACUGCUCUUAGUUUAUUCAUUGCCGGAGUUCAUCGCAAGGCCCAUGAUAGCAAUGAUGAGUGGUGA